CUUUAAUGCAAUAAAGCUGAUAAACCACUUUUUCUCCACUUCCCCAAAUUUCUACAUAAGGCUCAUCUUUCUGUCCAUCAGACACUCAUAUUUCUCUUUCUGACAGACGGACAGCGUGGCUCGGCUCGGCUGAUGGACAUGAGGUCUCUACUGACACUGUCAGUGCUGUUGGCUCUCAUAAGAGAGGACAAGGGAGAAAAACCAGCAGUGUCUCUCCUGCCGAGGUUCCCAGAUGUGUUUGUUGGAGAUGACAUCACUCUGAUCUGUAAACGAGGGGGUGGAACGAUAAAAUGGUUCAUUAAUGGAAAGCUACAAUCAGAUCAGAAUUCUUCAAUGCUUCUUACAGCAGUGACAUCUAAAGACAACGGGGAGUACGUAUGUGAGCGGGGCGGAUUGAAGAGUGACCCGUACCCACUCACUGUCGAAGAGCUGGAGCCUCACGCUCAGCUCUCUCCAUCUAUAGGUGGCGCUGUGAUGACCAAAGGUGAUGGAAGAAACCUGGUCCUGCAGGUGGACGAUGGUCCGAAUGGCUGGAAGUGUUAUGUGUUGCGGGGAGAGAGCGGCUUCACACUAGGAACCUCUGUUGAUAAGAUGAAGAACAGGGCUGUUAUAUUUGCAGAAUUGAACGAAGCAAAAAGAGCCACUUUCUGGUGCAAGAACGGUGAACAACGAAGCAAUGCAGUGACGCUGAAAAUGACAGACCUCAAGGUGAUGUUGGACCCUCCAGCCGUUCCUGCACUGCUGGGGGAGAGUGUGGCUCUCAGGUGUGCGGUCUGGGGUGGGAAAGCGGACAGAGCUGUAUUCUAUAAGGAUAAUAAGACAGUAAGAACCACAACAGGAGACACAUACAUCAUCACCAACGCCACACAAGAUCAUGCCGGACAGUACAGCUGUCACGCCACCUACAGGUACAGCCACAUCAGUGCAGAAGCUGCCGAGCAGAAAGGAGAUUCUGAUGCGCAGGAGUUAAAAGUUAUAGGUGGGCCUCCUGCUCCUACAGUGGAUUCAACGUCUCCUAAGAGUCUGGAGUGUUUCUGCAGAGACUGUCCUUCUUCCUGCACGUCCUACUACUGGUAUCAAACAUUUCUUAAUGACUCAUUUGCACGCCGAAGACUACCUGAAAAUACACACAUUAUUACCGUGGAGGAAGGAGGGCUGUUCAGCUGCCGGAUGGAGUGUGGGAAAGGAUUCUCCCGUUUCAGCAACAUUUACAGCUACAAAGCACAACCACCGUCAGAGUCUGUAAAUGUGCUGCCCAUCUUGGUGGCUGUGAUUCUGAUGGUUCUCGGGGUGUUGAUCGUGGUGCUGAUCGCGCUGAAGCGCAGAAGACAUGGAGGAAGCAGUGUUCAGGCGCCCGCACAGGAUAAAGAUAAGAAGAAAGAUGGAGACUAUGAGCAAAUCCAACUCACCGAUCAGGCGGUUUACAACACACUAGGCGAGAAUACGGAUAAGGACAAGGCCGAGGGGGGUUAUGAAGCCCUAAAAAAGAGGCAGGAGGAGGCGGUGUACCACACACUAGGCGAGAAUGCGGAUAAGGACAAGGCCGAGGGGGGUUAUGAAGCCCUAAAAAAGAGGCAGGAGGAGGCGGUGUACCACACACUAGGAGCUGCAGAAAGUCAAGGUCAGAGUGAAGGUCAGGGUGAAGGUCAAGGUGGGUACGAGGCUCUUAAGAGUGUGAAAGCCGAGGUGUACCAAACCUUAAGUUCAACCGACUCAAAAACACCGGCAGGAAAAUCAGAGGGAGGGUAUGAGCAGCUUCCUCAGAAAGAUAAAGAUUAUGAGACCGUGGCAGUAGAUGAAAAUCCAUAUGAAGAUCUGAAGGCCGGAAAACAGGAUAAGAAAGAGAUGAGCAAAGAGAAAGAAUGAAGGAACCUGUAAGAAAGAGCAACAUAUUAAUACUAACCAAUAGUCAAAUAGCUAAUCUUUUAACUCACAAUUCUGACUUUUUUUCAUUUAGAAA